CGGACGGGUCCUUCACUACACGACGUAUCUUUUUAAAAACCGGAAGACAAACUGUUUCGGUUUGCACCGUUUACACCAAAUUCUGUCCGUAUGCUUGUUCAUUUUUAAGCGGAAAGAUGCUGUCUAUAUUCAAGUCCAUUCCCUCACACAUGGAUUAUAAAGGCCAGAAACUGGCUGAACAGAUUUUCCAAGGAAUAAUUCUCAUCUCAGCGGUGAUUGGAUUCGUGUAUGGUCUGAUCAUUGAGCAGUUCGGAUGGACGGUGUACAUCGUCCUGGCUGGUUUUGCUGUGUCUUGUGUGUUGACCCUGCCUCCAUGGCCCAUGUACAGAAAGAAUCCUCUGUCCUGGCAGCCAGUUAUACCAGAGACCAGCGGGGAGCCCACCCAAAAACCUCAGGAAACUCUCAAGAAGAAGAAACACAAAUAAAUCAGAAUGCUCCCUGCCUGACUGUGAAUACAUCCUUUAUAUCAGAAACUAUUUUGAAUUUCGUCUCACGGUUCGCAUUUGAAAAGAAAACAUACUUACAGUGUUUGUCAGUCAAUGAAAUACUUGUGUCCACAUAAUAAACAUCAGAUACUCUGUUUUAUAAA